AUGCCCAGCUAUCGACUUGCCUGCCCUUUCAGUGUCGGUAGACUCACCACCAAAGGCCACGUCUGUCAAGAUGGCUUCAUCAACAUGGAUAGACUGAGGUUUGAAUUACCGCCACAUCGGUCCGGGGCUGUGCUCUCGCUGACUUUCACUGGCAGAGCUCACCUCAGACAUUUUCACUUGUGCAAUUGCGCCCACCCCCCUGCAUGUACCAGACCGCGACACGUGCCCAUAGAACUUAUCGAACGCAUGCUCUCGAUCUCCUUCGACAACCACAUUUCAAGAGUGGAUCGAUGGGCCAAGAUGUACAUGGAAGCCUUUCCCACACACAGAAAAGUUCCGGGCCCAUGUGUGCCCCGUUUUAGCCGCGCCCUGAGUUUCGUCCAGCAUCCUGGGGCCGAGUUCAAGAACGCCAUGAUACGUCGCUUGGUCCAAAGGGAACGGUUGGGUGUAGAAGAGGCAAAUGGGGAGUUGAAAGUCUUCCUGAAACGUUUACCGAUCUUUUACGACGUACUUAGCCAGCCUGAGGUUUGGGGCCGGGAAAAACCCUUGGGCAGCGAUGAGUCUGGUGAUGAAGUGGAUGAACCAUCCACUGCGCAGCCCGUGGAAGUUGUAGAGCCCCUAGCCUACGAGAAAACCGAUGGUUCUACUCAACAAGAUGAUGGAACCGCCGAUGAAAAGUCCGAUACCCAGGCCGAACAAGAGACUCCCCCUUCAUCUCCAACGACAAGUUAG